AUGGUUAUAGUUUAUUUCCUCAAAAAUAGGAAUUUAAAUUUGUUUGUGGUAGUACAUCUUCCUCUAAUAAACACACAUAUUUGUCUCUUACUAAUUACUAUCAAGUGUGUAUAUUAUAGAUUUCGAUUUAUUGCUGUAAAUGUAUUCACAAAGUUGGUUGCCAUUGGAUCGAGAUCAUUCGGGUUAGAUUUUAAAUUCGAUAUUUCAAAUUCUUUUAAAUGCAAAAUAUGUAUUGAAUUCUAAAUCGUCUGAUUUUGAUCCAAUAACCACCAACGUCUUUGACUACGUGAAUUGCUGUAGCAAAUUCAAAUCCCUACAUAAUUAUUUGUUACAUAGACAAAUGCUCUUCACUUUCAUUUCAUAUACUUCAUCAACUUUUUCAUUCUCUCUUUCCCCUUUCAUUGAAAUCAUUAAAAAAAUUAAAGAACAAUAAAUAGCCAUUUUUAUUUGGUGACUUACAAUUUCCACCUUCACUCAAGUUUUCUUUCUUCCUUCUUUUAUUCCCUUUAGAUUCCAUUUUUCAUUUGAUUUUGAUUUUGAUUUUCUUGUUUUGUUUCAAGUUUGUACAAUAUUUCAGGCAAAAUUACAUCGGCGGUCCUUUAACUGUUUCGUUGAUUGUGAAACAGGUUAUGUUUUGGUUGGAAAAAUUAUGAUUAUGAUGAUGUGGAGUUUGAUGGAUUCACUUAUUUGAAUGAUUUUGGAUAUGAAGAUGGAAGGAUCUUAUGAUACAUCAUCAUGCAAUGGAAGAGAAUCAACAAAUAAAAGUCUUCAAAUAAUUGAAUAUUCACCUUAUGAUGAAUCAUCAUGCAUGAAAUUAUCAUUUUCAUUAUCUUGGUUUGAUGUAAGAGUUUUUUAUGUAAGAAUUAGUGGAAUUCAAGUGAAUGAAUCAACACCACAAUUUCUGAAUCUUCAUCAUAUACCUUUAUGUCAUGAUACACUUUUAGAGGUAAAUGGUGUUAGAAGCAAUAUGAACAAUGAUGUUGGAGAUUCUUCGAUUCUAAGAAGGGAUAGAAUUGAUAAGAAAUCUGAACAAGUCACUUUUGUGAAUACAGAUAGUAUAAGAUUAAAUGGUAGCAUGAAGUUUGAGAUUUGUGAGAAAGAUCAAUGUAUUCUCUCUUGUGUUCUUGAGAUGAAUAAUGAUAAGAGAUUUUGGAGUAUGAAUUGUGAAACAAAAAGGACAUCUAAUAGUGGUUUUCUCAAAGGAAAACAUGUUGGUGUAUCUGAUCCUGAAAUUGAGGUUUAUGUUGCUGGUUGCUUUUCAGGAACACCUAUAAUCUUAACUAGGACACUGCAGUUCAAUUGUAAGAAGAAGCAUAAUAGGAAAUUGGGCAUGUUGGAUGUGAUUCCAGAAUAUGAAACAACUGAGUCCAAGAAAGAUGUUUCUAAUCAUGAUCAUGAUCAUGGAUUUGAUUUACAGGUAGCCAAGUACAAAAGCUUCAAACAAGAACAAGAAGAAGAUUACAACGAUAUGUAUUGGCAAAGAACAGAAUAUAUAGAUGGGGAAAAUGGUGAGCUAUCAUGGUUCAAUGCUGGAGUAAGAGUUGGUGUUGGAAUUGGACUUGGCAUCUGUGUGGGAGUUGGAAUAGGAGUCAGUCUCUUAGCGCGUUCAUACCAAACAACUACUCGUAAUUUCAAGAGGCGGUUCAUAUAACCCCUUUUGUAAGUUAUUAUUCGAGUCUAGUGCAAGUGGUUGAUGCGCAGCGUGUGAGUGUUGUAAACCCUGGAGUAUCCUCCCGAUAAAAAAUAAAAACCUUUUUGUGAGUUGGAAUUUGUAUCCUCUAUUGUUCAAAGGCAAAUACUUAUAUGUAGAAAACUUGGUAGUUCCAUUGUUUAGUUCACAAUCUUUGUCUUGGUUAAUUUUAAUACUUUUUCCCUCGA